CUCCCACUAAUUAGCAACAACUCUCGGGACCAGUCAUGCCUUCACUGCCCGAUUCCUGAUGUUGCCGUUCUCAAAGGAUGAAUGCUCCCCUUCCUUCGAUACGCAGCUUCCUCUCCAACCUUCCGUCUCUUCAAGCGGACACCAAAGUCCGAUUCCUCGGUUGCGUGAGAUCCUACCGGAUACCAACGGGUCACCUCGUGCUGGAGCACAAUUACCCCCACCGUAAACCCCCGCAGGAGCCAGCCUCUGUCUUAGUUGACAUCAAUGCCGUGCUGGAAUCGGUCACGGCAGAGGAAUUGCGUGUGGGUGCGUGGGUGAAUGUGCUUGGCUAUGUGAGAAGACGAAAGGUUGUCGAUUUUGGCCCUGCCGGUGUGUUCCCGGACAUCUGCAUCGAAGCAGUGCUGGUGAUCCCUGCGGUUGUGGAGCUCGGGGAGUAUGAGCGGAUUCUCUCUGAAUCGUUGGAGGUCGAACGGCGCAUCAGGCGGAAUCAAGGGUCGUUUAAGUUGAGGUGAAUAUGCAUGAUUCAUUGCACGCUCGUGCCUAAGUAUAUUGAUGGUCCAGUACUCUGCUACGGAUGCCCUAAAUAUUGCAAUCAUCUCACGGCGAGGAUAAAUUAUGCUUUAAUACUAGACACCGUGCUAAGGUUUGGCUGAUGCCAUUUUGUCAUGCCGAAGUUCGUCUCUUCAUGAAUCUCACAAGGGUAUAAUACUUUUCCC